UUUGGGCGCAUCCUUGGGCUACUUCAUUUGGAAUUUGUGCCCUGGAAACUAGCUUAGUGCAACCGUUAGCCAUCCUCAGACCUGACCAGCUCCACAAGCUAGCCCAGGCCCGGCGUUCGGCUUUUGGACGUGUUGCCACUUGGAAAGGUUGGUUUGAAUGGGCACUAUGAUGCUUUGUGCAUUUUUCCGCAGCAGUCCAACUCUCCAAGCAAAACACGAGUCUCAAGAGAAGCAUGUUGGAUCUGCUGGGGAGGGUCGCCUAGGUAUAGUGGCUGGCCGGUCUUCAAGCUUUUGAGAGCUUUGCGUUCCCAUUUUUGGCGAUUCAAGGGUCAAGGCACAUUGGCAGCUCUGGAGUUCGCCAAGCAGCUUCAUGCUGCGAAGAACACACGUGACGCCGCAGACCGAACGGGUUCUCUGAACAGGUUGGAUGUGGAUUAUCUUUCAGCGAUCUCCCUGUGUAAAAUCGUGCCUUCGCAUGGAAUGGAGAACUGGACCGGCAGCUGCCCUCUCGCGCAGGCUCAUCAGGCCCUGGAGGCGGCAGAGGUCGCAGUGAAACAGGCGGACCUUGAAGAGAUGGAACGCUGCGUGGAGACAGCCCAUCAGCACCUCAAGGAGUUCCUGUGGUGGUUUCAGCCGCCAAACGAGGGCUGGAAAGCCCCAGCCGCGCGCAUUUCUACGCUCAUGUUGGUGGCCUCUGACUGCUUGCUCCCAAUCCUGUCGCGACUGCAGAAGCAUAUCAACCGACGACUGCAGAUCCGCGCGGUGAUGCAGCCUCCCCAGGAUACGGGUGCAGCUGGUGUACCUGUCAGCAUUUGCCCCGCGCAUCCAGAGCAGGGCAUCCUGUCCUCAGAAGCUGCCUACAUCAAAGAUUUUCACGAUGUGCUGCAUGAGAUGGACAGCUUUGGCCAGAGUGCAAUGAAGUUCCAGCCAAAGGCCAAUGAGACCUCCAAAGAGGCUUGGGUGGCUUUCCUCUGGGGUGGCACCUCUGCAAGUGCCGUGAAGGCAGCGGCGCUGAACUCAGAGGUCAUCCGAACCAUGGCCUACUCUGUGCGAAAGUGGGAGGCUGCUCGGCGAACUUUCCUGGUACUCACCGUUGGGCAAGUGCCGGAGGUGCUCAUUGCAGAGCUCCAAGCUGAAGGACUAGAAGUGCGAAGCGUUCGUAACAACGAAACCCUUCCGAUGUGGCAGUCGACUUACAUCAGAAAGCCAAAGCACGUGGGCGACUGGUUCUCGGAUCGUGGCUUGAAGCGCAGCUUUGCACAGCUAGCCGCCUGGACACUCACGGAGUUCGAGCGCGUGGUGAUCCUGGACGGCGACACUUUGAUGCUCCGCAGCUGCGACGAGCUCUUCCGCCUGCCGACGCUGCUGGCGGCCGCCCCGGAAAUGCACCGCGAUCAGGAAGACAUAGGCAACUUGGACAGGGAAGGGCGCACCUACUUGCUGAAUGCUGGAGUGAUGUUUCUGAGGCCCAAUCUUUUCACCUUCAUGCGCACAAAGGCCAUGGUUGCCACAGAACACUUCCGCUAUCUCGCGGAGAAGAUCGGGGUCAUGGGCGAGGCAAACUUUCAGUCCUUGACCGACACGUACUUGGCCGCUGAAAAUUUCUGGCGUGUUGGUUCUGUCCUAUGGGAUGACCAGGGGCGCUUUGAAGGCUGUUUAAUACGAGGUACCUCUGUCCGGAGUGCCCGAAAUAUCAUCACAGCUUGGAAGGCCACUGGCAAGAUUCAUUGUUUGCUGCCGAUUGACUACAAUUUCUGCGCAGAUUUUCCUCAUGUGUUUUUCUCCUCCUGGGACUUCUUGACGCACGAGAAGGGCAGGAAGAAUACUUCAAGUGUAAAUGAGGCGAACCAACGCCAGCGGAAGUCACUGAUGCGGGAGACAGUGAAAUGGUACAGGGAUAUGGGCUGGUUGCGGGGCACGCCAAAGAUCGUGCAUUUUCCCGGGCACCUGCGAAAGCCCUGGCAACGUUGGCUGCCACUGGCCCGGAGUCCCUGGGAUGAAUUGUGGUGGCAAGCGCAUGAUGCCAUGUGUGCUGCCCAGAAAGCGCCUUGCCGGCUGAGCUGUGAGGUCUGGGUCUGAGCUUCUCCUCCGCCUUGGGGUAUGAGACCAGGCGCUGAGAGGUGACUGACAACACCACUUGGUAAAGCAACAGGAG